AUGUUGCUCAUUGCAGUUGUGCUGGAGUUUGUUCAAAACACAGUGAACCCGAGCAGGAUCUUUGAUGUCCAGGAUAUAUACGCCAAUAUCGCUGGUCUGAUAAUGGCUUUCGUGGGAUGCAUGUUGCUUCAGCAAUUGAAAAGAAAGGAUAGGCGGAAAAGACGGACGGCGAUUGAGUUGGAGAUGCAGCCCCCUACCAGGGCUAUUACGCCAGGGUCUGAAGACGAGAUUGACGGCUUUGUCAACGUGAGUACAAUGCCUCCAGUUGCAAGUCGACCUGAACAAGAUAAAGGCGGCCCGCUCGAGGCUGAAGAUGUUCUUAGAAACAACAGCUUCUCAGGAAGGAAAUCUAAACAACCUCCCAGCAACAGAAGAGCUUCCCUGGAGUCCCCUACAAUCAUUGGAAAUGCGUUUAAUUUUUUCAGAAGAGGGCAAGACCCACAAGAACAAAGAUACCUUAGUGACGAAGAACAGGAGAGGUACGAUGCCCCUUACCGAGGCGAGCCGGUUGCUGAUGAAGAACCAGCAGCGCCUGAAGACCUAGCACCAGAGGAACAAGUCCAGGAUGUGCAGCUGCCAGAAGAUGGCAUUGAACGUCCCCCAGUGGGAGAGCUGCCAGGUGCCUCGAGGUCGACGAUAUUUCGCCCCAACUUUUUCGGAAGAAACACUACUGAAGGUCCUAGUAGUGGUAAGACCGUGGAGGGAGCUUUGGAAGACGGCAGAGGUCCAGGAAGCCGGCCCAGAGGUAUUUUCACGAUUUUCAGAAAGAAGAAUAAGGACCGGGACCGUCGAGCCAGUGCGUUGGACGUCGAAGAUGACGCGCCUGAAGAUGACAGUGAAGCAGAGACCAGAGAACGUGCUAUGCUUUUGUUGCAUUCAUUGGGUCUUGGUACUCCUGCUAUAAACUUGCUUGCAUCGUGUCUUUGUGAAGAUGAAUACGGAAUUGCUAGAGCACCACUUCUUCUUACGCUUUUGGGGUUGAAAGUGAACGAUACAUCUACAACUCCAUUGAAGCGAAAUAGAAGGUUCCGCAUUGACCUCGAGUACGGCGUGGCGCCUCGUCGUUUCAAAUGGUCUGUCGAGAGAAACGCGAAAGACUUGUUAUAUUUGCAUUCUAGGUUGAAGUUACAGGCUAUUAGAGGUUCAAUUAGAUCGGAUGAGCUUCCCAGAUACCCUGUUCCACCCGUGUUCAGGAGAAACGACCGUUAUUUAAUGAGACAAACGAAUAAAAGGGCAGCUACCAGACAAGACGAUCCUCAUUUAUCCGCUGGACGUGAUCGUCUGGACCCACAGACCCCCAAUGCCGACGAACGUUCUAUUUUCAGUGGUGGCACGUUCCGCAACCGUCUCUCAGCUAUACGGUCUCACAUGAGUGUUGCAUCUUCAUCCUCAUUAGAAGAAGCCACUCCUGAGCAGUUACAAAUCUUCCUGAAGGUUAACCAAAGGUAUGUCGGCGACGUUCAGAAAUAUUUAUACGACUUGAUUGCUCUUGUUGCAUUGCGUCCACAGUCUAACAGACUUUUCCAGUUUUUCGAAGUCUCCCCUAUAUCAUCGCUUUUAAGUUAUGAGACGGGAUAUGCUGGAAAACAAGGUGUUGUUCAUAUCGGUGGCACGACCAAAUCGCAAGGUUGGAGAGUCGGGCAUUUCAAGGCGAAUGAUUUGAAGGGUAUGAUUGAUAGACGUUCUGAGAAAUGGCUUUUAGUCAGAAACUCCUACGUCACAUAUGUGUCUGACAUCAACUCCACGACGCCACUUGAAGUGUUCUUGUUGGACAGCAAGAUUAAGAUCCAUCACAAAGGUCCUGGCUACGGCCAGCAAGAAAAGGGUUCCGAUUCUGAAUCUGACUACGAAGAUAACUCAGUCAGGAUGGUGAGCGAUGCAGUUACUUCCAAUCAUGUCCAUCGUAAUGUGUUCAAGCAUCUCAAAAUUGUCCUCGAAAACUCAGAAAGAAAGUUAGUGUUGAUUCCCAAGUCAACAAGAGAACAAAAGCUUUGGUUGCAUUCGCUUGAUAAAAUGAUCAAGGAAUCUGUCUGGAGUCAGCCUAAUCGCUUCCAGUCGUUUGCUCCAGUAAGAAAAAACAGUUACGCCCAAUGGUUCGUGGAUGCCAGAGACUACUUCUGGGCCGUUUCGUCGGCCAUAGAAAUGGCUAAGGAUACAAUCUUCAUUCAUGACUGGUGGCUCUCACCAGAGCUUUACUUGCGAAGACCUGCCAACGGUAAUCAACAAUUUAGAAUUGAUAGAUUGCUUGAAAGAAAAGCUUCGCAGGGUGUUAAGAUUUUCGUCAUUAUCUACAGAAACGUCGGCACAACCAUUCCUAUCGAUUCGCUUUACACGAAGCAUUCCAUCCUUUCCCUCAACCAAGAAAACAUCCAUGUGAUCAGAUCUCCUAAUCAGCUUCUUCAGAAUACUUACUUCUGGGCCCAUCACGAAAAGAUUUGUAUCAUUGACCAGACUAUGGCAUUCAUGGGUGGUAUCGAUCUUUGUUAUGGUAGAUACGACACUCCUGACCAUGUUCUUACUGAUGACACUGUUGUUGACUUUGCCCACCUUGACUCGGAAACUUUGACGCAAGAAGAGUUUGAAACCUUCAACAUCUUCCCAGGUAAGGAUUACUCCAAUACUCGUGUCAAAGAUUUCUCAAACUUAGACAAGCCUUACGAGAGCAUGUACGACCGUAAUGUGGUUCCUCGUAUGCCAUGGCACGAUAUCCACAUGUGUACCCUGGGUCAACCAGCAAGAGAUUUGUCUCGUCAUUACGUCCAACGUUGGAAUUAUCUUGUCAGACAAAAGCGUCCUUCCAGACUCACGCCUCUCUUGACCCCUCCUCCUGAUUUGACCGAGGAAGAAGUCCAAGAAAUGGGCCUUAACGGCAGUUGCGAAGUGCAAAUACUCCGUUCAGCUGGUAAUUGGUCUUUGGGUCUUAAGGAGCACGAACAAAGUAUUCAGGACGCUUACCUUAAGUUGAUUGAAUUGUCUGAGCAUUUCGUGUAUAUCGAGAACCAGUUUUUCGUCACUUCCUGUUUGAUUGAAGGAACUGUGAUCGAGAACCGUAUCGGUGAUGCUUUGGUGGAAAGAAUCAUUCGUGCUUUUAACGAAGGAAAGCAAUGGAAGGCCAUCAUUUUGAUUCCUCUUGUGCCAGGCUUUGAGUCUUCUGUUGACAAACCAGAUGGUUCUUCAGUCAGAGUCGUUAUGCAAUGUCAGUACAUGUCUAUCUCUCGUGGACCAUCAUGUUUGUUUGCAAAGCUCAGAAAGUAUGGUAUCGAUCCUGAUAAUUACAUUCAGUUCUUCUCGUUGAGAAAAUGGGGAAGCAUCGGUCGCGAUAGAAGCCUUGUUACUGAACAGUUGUACAUCCACGCUAAAACCAUGGUUGUCGAUGACAGACACGCCAUCAUUGGAAGUGCCAACAUUAAUGAAAGAUCUAUGCGUGGUCACAGAGACUCGGAAGUUGCUGCUAUGGUUCGUGACCGUGAAACCAUUACUUCAACCAUGAAUGGAGAGAAGUACGUGGUUGGUAAGUUCCCUCAUACUCUUCGUUUAAGAUUGAUGAGAGAGCACCUUGGUAUUGGUGUGGAUAUCCUUGACGUUGUGGAGAGAAAGUUUGACAAAUACGAGAAGUUUGCUAAAACGCAAGAAGGUCUCGAGGCUUGUACCAACGAUUUCAAGAAACAAGUCAACAGGGAAAUUUCGGCCGUUGUCGAACUUGCAAGUCGUGAAAUCUUGAACCAACCUUUUGGAACUGCAAGAUGGAAAGCUCACCGCAAACGUUUCGGUCUCUCAACAAAGGUGCCACCUGUUCCUGAUGACAUUAAAUACGAAGAUGGUCCAAAACCUAUGUUGUUACCCCUUUCAUUUAACAACAGAACUGGCCCACAUGAAGCCAAUAAGGGUAUCAGAGAUAAGAAGAAGCAUUCAUAUGAUGCUCGUGUCCAACACAGUGAUGAUCAUAAGAAGGAUGUGUACGGUGUUGGUGUUGACAAGUAUAGAACACGCCUUGGUCAGAAGGCUCGUCUUGACAGUGCUCGCUUUAUUCGUGACUUGGCAAAGAAUGUGUUUGACAAGAUGCCAGAAGCACAAUUCUUACCUGAUCUUGAGAAUGUGAAGGAUUUCCUCGAGCUGGAUGACUAUGAAUACUCUAAGGAGUUGGAUGAGGAAAACGAGGAUCUUCUUACGGAACGGAACAGAGAAAGGUGGGUUUUGUUGAAGAGAAUCGCGUACUUACAGCGUAUUGCAGCUAAGGAAGCUCAACAACUGGCCGUGGAGCGCCAGAAGCGUAUUGCAGCUGGUCUUCCAGCCAGUGUCUACGAUUUUGGUGGCGAUAACACUACGAAGCAGAACAGUAAGUCGGUGUCACCUGGAAAAGAAAGCUCAAACGAAGAAGGUAUUGUUGAAGCUGUUGAACUUCCUACUAAGAAAGCUGAAGCCUCCCCUAUUGAAGAUAUCGAAAACGGGAACGAAAAUGAGCAGGUGAACGAUUAUGUGCCUGUUGUUAGUUUGGACGAACAACAGCUUAAAGAGCAGAUGCGCCAGAUUAAUGUACCUGGUGUUGAGAAUAUCUCUGGCUUCAUCGAUCCAUAUGGCUUCGAAGAUCCUUUGGAUCCAGACUUCUAUGAGGAUAUUUGGUUCGAGAAUGCCAGAAGAAACACAGAGAUCUUUAGGCUUGUUUUCCAUUGCCAGCCUGAUGAUGAGGUUAUUUCAUGGAAAGACUACAAGCACUUCAUGAAGCUCGAGAAAGCAUUCAAGGUUGCCCAAGAGACGGAAGCACGUAACAGAAAAGAGAAGUUCCGUUUCGAAGAGGAUGACUCAACCGACGUUGACCCAGAACAAACCGAGCAGAGGCCAAACCACGGCCGCAGAAGCAGCCAAACCACAAUUUUCAUGAACGAACUUCACAAUGAAGGUGGCAGUGGUAUCUUUGGUGAUAUACCAUCCUCUAACAACAGCAGUACCAGUGAACUUGCAAAGAGCGCCAAUGGUAAGCUGAAGUUCAAGGUCAAUGACAAGAUUGACGAGGGUGACGAAGAGGCCGAUGAAAAGUUCUUGGAUGCUGACGACCGUAAGAAUGGAACAGCAACAGGAGCUGAUGCAGAUGGAGAAGAUGGCGAUGACGAAGAAGAAGACUCCUCUGAAGUUUCUGGUAACCAACAGGAAGUCAAAGAGAAGGCCAAGAUGAGACAAAAGGAAGCCACAAGAAUCAACAGAAAGAGAAGAGCAGGUACCUUCAGCGCCAGAAGAAAGGCCCAUGCUGGAGAGAAGAUCUAUGACAGAGAGUCUGCAGAAAGACUUCUUAAUGAGAUCCAUGGCCAUCUUGUGCUUUUCCCAGCCGACUGGCUUGCCAGAGAGCUCGAAGGAGACAACUGGUUCUUCAACACCGACAGAAUUCCUCCGAUUGAAAUUUACGAUUAA